GGCCAGCAGGAAGUUUGGUGGCUUUGUGGUCAGUGGAGUACUGAGUGGAGUGAGCUAAACUGAGGUCUCUGCCACUCUCAGAGCAGUGACUGUGGCCCCGAGUUAGUUAGUUCCUGUCCAGGGUGGGAAGAGUGUCUCAGCGCUUACAUGUAAGGAUGUCUUUUAAAUGUUGCCCCAGGAGCUUUCUUCUUGGAGAUCCAUCAGGAUGAGCUGCAAGUCCCCACCCACACUGCAGGAGCUGGCAGAGGACAGCCUCCUGAGGAACCUGGCCUUGGCUGUCUCUGCUCUGGAUGAUGUGCCCUCAUAUUUCUUCCCAUCACUGUUCAAAAAGGCCUGCAGAAGGAGAUACAUUACCAUGGUAAUGGCAAUGGUGAGGGUCUGGCCCUUCCCCUGCCUCCCACUGGGAGCCAUGAUCACGAGGAAGGCCGCCUACAGAAGAAUCUUAGAGAUUAUCCUGUUUGGGCUUGAUGGCCUGCUUUUCCAGAAGGUUCGUCACAGGAGGUGCAGACUGAAAGUGCUGGAUUUACGGGUUAUGCCUUUGACUAUGUGGGACAAGUGGUCUGUGUUCAUGGCUAGUGACUGGAGUGAGACUCUAGCAAGGGUGGAUCAUUCAGGAACAGAGUUGAAGCCGCUGGUGAAGGUGGUGAUAGACCUGGUCCUCAAGAGAGGCCCACUAGACGCUGUAGAGUCCUUCAUCGUUCAGUGGGUGGAUCGGAGGGAAGGUCUGAUGAGUCUGUGCUGUGGCCACCUACAGAUCUGGUCUAUGUCCGUUAACUACCACAGAGAAGUCUUGGAGAUACUGGAUCUGGACUCUGUCCAGAAACUGAGUCUGUACUACAUGAAUAAUCCCACCUGCCUGCUUAACUUCUCCCCUUACCUGGGCCGGAUGAGGUACCUGCGCAGUCUUCUUCUCUACCACCUCCGGUCUGGCUUCUUUCUCACCCCAGUGGAGAAACAGCGGGUCAUCACCCAGUUCACCUCUCAGUUUGUCAACCUGAUGCACCUCCGGAGCCUGCAUCUACACAAUGUCUCUUUCCUAAGGGGUCACCUGGACGAGCUGUUCUGGUGGCUAAAGACACCCUUAGAGACACUGUUGGUGACCGACUGUUUUCUCUCAAAAUCAGACUGGACCCAUAUGUGUGAGUUCCUGUGCACCAGUCAGCUAAAACACCUGAUUUUGAAAUGGAUCAAACUGACUAACUUCAGCCUAGAGCCCCUGCGAGUUCUGUUACUGAAAACCUCAUCUACGUUGAUUACCCUGGACUUGGAGGGCUGUCAACUGAUGGAGUACCAACUCAAAGCCAUCCUGCCUGCCCUGAGACACUGUACCCAGCUCACCCGGCUUAACUUCUACGGAAACUAUCUAUCUUCAUAUGAUCUUGAGGGAAUGGACAUCACAAGAUCAGGCUGAGGUACCAAGGGUCACAGAUAUUCCUUAUCCCAAGCUUUGAGGAUCUUAGUGACCAAGAACCUUGAGAUGAUUGUUCAGCCUUGUGUUGAGGUUAUAGAUGUGGGGAGAACUGCUGGGCAGCCAGAGCAUGCCUUGUUUUAUGCCUCCUGCUUUGGAUGUGAGUCAUGAUGUGUGUGUGUGUUGGGACUUGUUGGAUGCCUAAUGAGAUGCGAAGAUCAGGCUCUCCUGUGGACACUGGGAGGCAAAAGGCAACACACAGGUGUCCGGUGAGAGGAGGACACACCACACAUGGUUUUACACCGGGACCAACAGUCCUACCUGGAUGAUUAGCCUGGUAUCCCCUUCAGAUCUAAUAAGGUCCUGUGACUUUCGGUGACCCUACCUCUGCCUUCUUCUUCCUGAGUAUAGGCUUGUA